AUGUCAGGAUAUUACUAUCCCCCCAACACCUCCGCUCCCGAAGACGACGAGUUCGACUUUCAGACGUACCAAACGCACGGUGGACAACCCCAACAGUCAUAUCAGAACUAUACCGGACAGGCAUUUUCGCCAGACCUUCAGCAGACACAGUUCUACCAACCUUACCAGCAGGUCUAUCAGCAGCCGCAGCAGUUUCAACAGCAGUGGGGUUACGCGAACGUUCAGAUGCAACCGCAGAUGCAACCGCAGCCAUGGGUCACUCCGACGGUUCCGUCAAAUGUUCCGUUUCAGAUGCAACAGCAGCAGAACAUGACACCGUUCCCAUCAUACUCGGAGCCUGCGAAUACUGCAGGGGCAUUCUCCUCGCCGGAAAUGACCCCUGCGGGACCGUCGAGAGUGUCACGGGCGUCGACCGGUUAUCUCUCUCCCGGAGAACCUGGCAGAGGCAGAGUGUCCCGGACGACUUCGCUGCAUUCGAAUGCGAGUUCAGGUCGCAGCUUCUCCCAGUCCGAUGUCUCUCGCAGUGCAUCGCCGAGUGCAAGUGAGAUGGCUAAAUGGGGCCACCGCAACGACAAUGGGACUUGGAGGUGUGCAUACCCAGGUUGUACUUCGCGAUCUACUUUCAGCAGGGGCUGUGACCUGCGCAAGCACUACAAGCGGCAUACGAAGUCCCUGUUCUGUCGUCACGAUGGCUGUCCGCAAGCCACUGAGGGCGGCUUCUCGAGCAAGAAGGACCGCGCACGACAUGAAGCGAAGCACGACCCUCAGAUACUUUGUGAGUGGGAGGGUUGCAACCGGCUGUUCAGCAGAGUCGACAACAUGAAAGAUCACGUCAGACGGGUUCACAAGAAGCGACUCGAGCGAUGA